AUGCCUUUUGCUGGGCUGAAAACUGAGAUAUGUAAUCUGUGUGCCAAGGUGGCUGAAGCUCGGGAGGAAGAUCAGGACACUUUGCGAAAGAAGCUUUUAAAGAAGCAGUGCUGUGUUUGCUCUGCCAUCUUUAUGGUUGAACUGCCUAAUAAAAUUUGUGGGAAAUGCUUAACUGAGCUUGGGAAAGAUCAUGGACCACUUCCAGUUGAAUUAAACCUCUACCAGCAGGCCAAGACAGCCAUCCUUAGUAUAAGGGGACCCCCUACUCCUGUACUUCAAUCUGCUUCCUCAAAGCCAAGCUUUGCUAUUCCAACAGUCCAGGCAGCUGUUUCUACCGGAGCUGCCAUUGAUUCUUCACUUACCCCUACUGCGGCUUCUAUUGUUGGGGGUGCUGUCCACUACCAAGGCCAAGCUUCAACUUUUCGGCUAAAACAACAUUCACCUGCACCACCACGAGGAUAUUCAAGUCUCCUCAAACAGAACCAGUCAACAAAGGAUGCAAAAGCUGGUCCUGUCUCCUUCAAGAUAUAUCUUUUCCAGCGAAGUGGCGCAGUUAAUACUGCAUCAGUUAUGUUGAAGAGAUUCUCGAACCAUCAGCGGUAUACAGCAAGCACAUUGAUGCAUGAGGCAUUCAACCAUCUUCUUGUAACAUCCUCAGCUGCAUUUUAUGCAGAAUUUCAAACAGCCAAGAGAGGUGCCUUCACUAGGCAUGCAUUUAAGUAUGAUAUUCAUUUUACCCCAACAGCUUUUCGGCAUGUUCCAAUGGAAGACCUUGAGGGUACUUCUACUGUCCUGGAAUUCUAUCAGAAGCAUGCCAAUGUAGCUCGUGGUGAGCAAAUCUUAUCCCUUCGGUUUACAUUUGAUGAAGAAACCUUGAAACCAUUUGGUGACAAUGAGGAGUUUUUUGUUGGUCAAAAGCGGGAACGUUCUCUCAGCUUGGCUAGUGGUCACAUAGCAAGACGCCAAAGGGUCACAGUGCUUGAAUCUAGCACAUUUGAUCCUACGAACAUCAACUGCUCUUGGAAGCUUACACUCAUCCCCCCAAAACCUCCUGUUGUAUCCUAUGCAGAUUUCCAGGGACACCUUAUGGAAGUUGAAUACAGCUACACCACUAUCACCAUUGAUGAGACUGGGAAACCUGAGGUUACCCACUCAAGUUCCACAAAUGGGCUUUACAUUGCUGGUGAUUGGCGCUCUGUAAAGCAUGAUGUGUAUGGAUGGGGUAUUAUUGGUGAAGGUGCUACCAAGAGGGCUAUCUAUGUGAGGGUUCUUUUAUUGGGCGAAUGGGAGAUGCUCAUUUCCCAACCUAAGCUUAGUACAAGUUCAAGCAAUGAAGAACUCAUAAGAGGAAUUGAGAAAGGUUUGCAGGAUGAACUCCAGCUUCUUGCAUAUGGAGAUCAUUUUGCUAAAGCAUUCUUCUUGCGUGUUACUGAUCUGGGAGAUACUCUGGACCGACGUAUUCCUGGAUUUUGUUUCAAUGUCUCAAAAUCCUUUGUGGGGAGAAUUACUGACAGUACCCCUACUCAUAAUUCGCAACCUAUCUUGAAUUAUCCUGUCUUUCUUGCAACCCCCUUGAUUCCACACAAUCCAGAGAAAGCAGAUGGUCAGUAUGAAAAAAUCACUGGUCAUGACCCUCGCAAGGAUGAGCCACCCAAAACCUUGCUUUCAAAAACACUCCAUGCAUUUGUUCAUUUUACCUACCUUUACUCUAAGAAGCACCUUCUCUUGGUUGACCUUCAAGGAAUUACAGAUAGGGAUGGGAUUUUUACCCUGUUUGAUCCUCAAUCCCAUUCCCAGAGGGCAGGUGAUACUGGGACCUGGGAUGGAGGGAUGGAGUACCUCCACUACUGGGAGCUGUCUCACAAGUGCAAUGAAGUAUGUGUGGCAUUACAACUAGAGAAUAUCAAGAAAAUGAGUGAGGAGGCAGAAGAAAUGGACUGA